CCUACGUCUAGCAUUUCUAGUCCAAAUGGCCGCCACUUCCAAACCUUUACGUAUCCUCAUCACAGGAUGCAGCGCAGGCGGGAUCGGAUCUACCCUUGCUCAGUCGCUCGCAUCGCGGGGUCACCAUGUCUUCGCAACACUGCGCAAUACAAGCAAGCUUUCGCUAGAACUCUCCUCACGUUCAAAUGUGACAGUGCUAGAGCUGGACGUGACGGCGGCGACCUCGAUCGCUGCCGCUGUGAAAGUGGUGGAAGAAAUCACGGAAGGGAAAGGGUUAGACAUCUUGGUGAAUAAUGCAGGCACUGGGUACACGAUGCCGCUUCUGGAUUCAGACCUUGAGGAAGGGAAGCGCCUCUUUGAAACGAAUAUGUGGGGUUUGCUGGCUGUGACCAAGGCUUUUAUGGAUCUGCUGAUACAGGCGCGCGGUACGGUGGUCAACAUCAGCUCUGUUGGUGGGGAGGUGAACACACCCUGGAUUGGCAUUUACGCUGCUUCCAAAGCGGCCGUCACGGUGUUAAGCGAGACUCUCCGUCUGGAAGUCGCUCCGCUUGGGGUACAUGUCCAAACCGUCAUGGUCGGCGUCAUCACCACCCCGUUCUGGGCCAACGAACCUGCCUUUUUCCUGCCCCAAACCUCUCGCUACCACGCCAUCAAGGACACGAUCGCCAAGUGUGCUUCAGGUGAGGCUGUACCGAAAGGCAUAAGCCCUGAGGUCUUUGCCAAGCAGAUAGUGAGCGACGUUCUCUCAAGAAAGAGCGGCCAAUUUUACCGGGGACCUAUGAGUUCUACAGUAGGAUUCUGUUCUAGAUACCUCCCAAAAUUUGUCGUUGACUCCCUUAUUAGCAACGGGCAAGGCCUAGGGGAGCUGGCGGAGUCGUUCAAGACUUCUAAGCAAGAGGCCCGAAUUUCGUCAUCCGCAAGUACCUGACAACGUUAGGCAUUUGGCUUCUGUGCUGUAUCUUAUCCUUCAUAAUUGUGCCGAACAGGUCGUGCUUUCCUGAAUGGAAGACGGAAUAUUUAAAACAAAAGGAAUGAGGUAGAAUUCUACCAGGCACUUGAGAUGAG